AUGGCCCCGCAGAGAUCUGUGAGGCUGUCCCUCAAGAAGCCCACCUAUGCCGUGUGUGUGGUGGGAGUUGAGACAUCUGUGGACGUUCACAGUGCUGUGCCCAAGGGGGCCGAGACCUUCGGCGUCUCUGGAAGCCCUGGAGUGGAGGUCUUCGUGGUCUACGACCCAGCUCGGGUGACGGGGCCUACAGGCAAGUCCCGCUGGCCCCUGGAUGUCAGUGUGGAGGUGACCGUAUCCGUGGAUGCAGCCAGUAAGGACUUAAAUGAUCUCAAGGUGAAGGUGUCCUACUUUGGGCAGCAUCAGGAUGGGGCCCUAGGCCACAGCGUGCUCUAUCUCACCGGUGUCGACAUCUCCCUCGAUGUCGACACGCAUCGCACGGGCAAGGUGAAGAGGAGCCACGGCGACAAGAAAACCUGGCGCUGGGGCCCCGAGGGCUAUGGGGCUGUCCUGUUGGUGAACUGUGACCGGGACAGUAUCACGUCCAGAGGGCCUGACCUUACCAACAGCCAGCUGGCAUCACUGGACGACCUACAGGACAUGUCCCCCAUGGUGCUGAGCUGUGAUGGCCCAGACAGGCUCUUCGACAACCACAAGCUGGUCCUGAAUGUGCCCUUCUCGGAUUCCAAACGAGUGGGGGUCUUCUGUUCUAGGGGCGGGCAUUCCCUCGAGCACUACAAGCAGGUGCUGGGACCUCAGCGCCUGUCCUACGAAGUUGAGCGGCAGCAGGGGGAGCAGAAAAUCAGCUUCUUUGUGGAGGGACUCACCUUCCCUGACACUGAUUUCUUGGGGCUGGUCUCCCUUAGUGUCAGCCUGGUGGACACGGGGACCCUGCCUGAGGUGCCCCUCUUCACAGACACCGUGGCCUUCCGCAUGGCCCCCUGGAUCAUGACCCCCAACACCCAGCCCCCCCUGGAGCUGUAUGCGUGCAGUGUGGUAGACUCUCAUGGCCCAAAUAAGAAAUUUCUGGAAGACAUGUUGGACCUAGCAUUGAAAACCAACUGCAAGCUGAUCGUCUGUCCUCAGAUUGAAAAUAGAAAUGACCGCUGGAUCCAGGACGAGAUGGAGUUUGGCUACACUGAGGCCCCUCACAAGUCCUUCCCAGUGGUCUUUGACUCUCCCCGAAACAGAGGUCUGAAGCAUUUCCCCUAUAAGCGGAUCCUGGGUCCUGACUUCGGAUAUGUAACCCGGGAGAUCCUGUUCGCUGGCGCCUCCAGCCUUGACUCCUUCGGCAACCUGGACGUCAGCCCCCCCGUGACAGUGGGCGGCAAGGAAUAUCCCCUGGGCCGGAUCCUCAUCGGCAGCAGCUUCCCCAAGUCCGGUGGGAGGCGGAUGGCCAAGGUGGUCCGGGACUUCCUGCAGGCCCAGCAGGUGCAGGCACCUGUGGAGCUCUACUCUGAUUGGCUCUCCGUGGGCCACGUGGAUGAGUUCCUGAGCUUUGUGCCCACCUCUGAUCAAAAGGGUUUCCGGCUGCUCCUGGCGAGCCCUAGCGCUUGCCUCAGACUGUUCCAAGAGAAGGAAGAGGAGGGGUAUGGGGAUGCCGCCCAGUUUGAUGGGUUAAGUUACCAGGCGAAUAGAAGCAUUAAUGAGAUGCUGGCCGACCGUCGUCUCAGGAGCGACAGUCUCUAUGUACAGAAAUGCAUCGACUGGAACCGAGAGGUGCUGAAGCGGGAGCUGGGCCUGACUGAGCGGGACAUCAUCGAUAUCCCCCAGCUCUUCUCCCUGAAGGGCUCCUAUGCAGAAGCCUUCUUCCCUGACAUGGUCAAUAUGGUGGUCUUAGGCAAGCACCUGGGCAUCCCCAAGCCCUUCGGACCCAUCAUCAACGGCCGCUGCUGCCUGGAGGAGAAGGUACGCGCCCUGCUGGAGCCGCUGGGCCUGCACUGCACCUUCAUCGACGACUAUCUGUCCUACCACGAGCUGCUUGGGGAGAUCCACUGCGGCACCAACGUGCGCCGGCAGCCCUUCUCCUUCAAGUGGUGGCACAUGGUGCCCUGAGCCUGCCUCCGCCCGCCAUCCCCUCCGCCCACCUGCCAGGGAGCCACGCCAGGGUGACGGCGAAGACCCUCCACCCAGCCUCCGGCCUCUGAGGGGAGCCCGUGGCGCUUCUUCCCGAGUGCUUGCAAACGUGCUGGCCACCGCGGGCCCGGGGAUAUGGGGAUAUGACCGUGGACACCACACACACACACACCUCCCUCUGGAGGGGCCUCCCCGGCCCAGGGAGGACUGUCCUCAUUCCUCUCUCCGCCUUCCUGAUCUACCACUCCUAGAGGUUCUAGAAAAGAGCAAUGGCCUUAAUGUGUUCACAGCCGGCUGUGCCUGGUCACUCUAAGUAGCUCCCCAUCCGUUCUGCUGUUCCUCUCGUGUCGGCACCAGGAAGGGGUCCCAGAGGGCCUGGGCUCUGGGGUGGGGGCCUGGGCCGCAGGCAUCCGUGGUUCUUGUACGAGCAGGAGCAGGGAGGUGAGACACCGUCUUUUCUCUACCAGCUGUCCUGGGACCUCCUGGGAUCUCUCAGCCAUGUUUAUAGAGACAAAUAAGGACAGGAAAACCCGGCAUCUGAGGGCCUGUUUAAAAAAGAAAAGGCAACAAAACCCCUUUAAUACCUGACUCUGUCCUUAGAAGGGUGCUUGUUACCUGGUUAGAAAGCCUUUAAUUACGAGUGCUGGCUGCUUCCGGCCCCCAAACACUGUGAGGCUGGAGAGAGGCCUCAGGGGACACACAGAGGCAAGCUGGCAGGAGGCCAGGGUGGCAGAGGAGGCCGACGCCUGAGGAUGAGCCGCGGGGCCUGGUCCCCACUUCGGAUUUUGGACUCUGGAUGCAAAACGGGGGGUGCUGACCGUUCCAGAUGUCACAGGGGGCAGGGGCCCCGAUGUUAA